CGCCCCUGACAGCUUCCGUCCGCGCGCGGCUUCUUAUCUCGCAUGUCCCAUUAUCUCAUCCGCAAAACGCCUUCCUUCUACAGACCUCCUUCCAGCUUUCACUCCGAGCUACUGAAAAGAUACUACCAUUCCGAUACCGGCAACCUUGUAGCACUUUAAACAAACCUGCCUUGAAAAUGAGUUCCAAAACUCCUGAUGACAAGCUUGAGCAGAAGAAGGUCAAGGAUCCUCAAGCAGAGGAAGAAAAUGAUGAAUCCAAGCAGGCCGAUAUCAAAUUCUCACCUGAAGAAGAGGCUGAAUUGGUAGCUGAGUCCAACACACACAAAGCAGAGGCAAACGCCCUCUUCACCUCGGGCAAAUACGAUGCCGCCCUCAACAAAUAUGACGAAGCCAUUGCUGUUUGUCCAAACUACCUGGACUACCCCUUGGCCGUCUUGCGCUCCAACGUGGCCGCCUGUCACCUCAUGCUGGAAGCUUGGAAGGAUGCCAUCACGCACGCAACCAAAGCUCUGGACUUGCUUGACAAGCUAGAGCGGGAGGACAAGCUGGCUGCCGAGAAGGAAGAGAAGGAGAAGGAAGAUGUCGAAGAGGAGAUUGUCAGCGCUGGUGCAGCAAAGGCCGGACCCGCCGUUCCUGUCACGGAAACUGAAGCGCAGAUUGCCCGCCAAAAGCGACUAGAGGAUAUUGCCAGGAUACGGGCCAAAGCUCUGCUACGCCGGGCCCGGGCAAGGAGCGAGCUGGGUGGAUGGUCCACCCUCGAGGGGGCUAUCGAGGAUUACAAGAAGCUAUCUGCCAUGACCAACCUUACGGCUACCGACCGAAAGCUCGUCCAGGCGCAACUCAGAGCACUGCCGCCCCGGGCCAAGGCUGCUCAGGAGAAGGAGACUGCUGAAAUGUGGGGCAAGUUGAAGGACCUUGGGAAUGGGUUGCUUAAGCCGUUUGGUCUUAGCACUGACCAUUUCAAGAUGGUGAAGGAUGAGAAGACCGGUGGUUACAGCAUGAAUUUCCAGGGAGGUGGUGGCGAAGGCAAAAAGUAAUGUUGUGAAAGUUAAUGAGGGUCAGGGCUCUUGCGAUGCCUACCAGCGUCGUGGUUGAGGAUGAAUGGCUUCUUGAUAGUCCAGUCACCCAGCCAUAUGCACCUCUGACUGGGAAAGCUGAUUUUCCAGUCACCUGAAAAUAUUAUCGACCAGUAGUCAACACGAAUCGACAGUUCAAUGUCAACAGAUCGACAAGGGGGGGAGAUGAUCAGGAGCUCGUACCCGACAGCUGCAAUACAGCUGGCCGGAGCUAAAGCUCCAUAAGUUUUGAGGCUGAUUUAUUGGUGUGGCAAAGCCGGCAGUA